AUGACUGACGCUUCUGCUAAGAAAUGCGUUCCGAAUUACUGCAAAUUGUUACGGAAGACCGAUUUGGAACCAUGUUUCUGGGUUAAUGAAUAUGUUCAUACUGGUUAUCGACCACCACAUUUAUCCGCAAUGCAAUAUGUGAAAUGGAUAUUUCAGUGGAAUAAUGAAACAGUUAACAUAUGGACUCAUCUGAUUGGUUUCUUCUAUUUCACUUGGCGUCAGUAUGUAAUUAAUAUUUAUUUAUUACCUUCAGCAAAUGCUAAUGCAAACGAUUAUGUCAUUGCUACAAUAUUCUUGCUUGGUUUACAGAUAUGUAUGCUUUUAUCAUCAUUUUAUCAUAUCUUUGGUUCAACAAGUGCUGAACGAAAACGUAUGUUGUUACGAUUUGAUAUUUUUGGGAUAUCAGCCGGAUUACUUAGCAUUUAUUUGAUGGGUAUUUAUACUGCAUUCCUAUGUUUUGAGGAAUGGCAAAAGUAUUAUUUUGCUUUUUUAUUUGGAAUAUCACUGAUAACAGUAUAUUUACCAUUGAACAAUAAUAUUAAUGAAACGGUUCGAUUUGGUCCCCAAUUCAGUUGCACUCAUUUAACUUAUUUAAUUAUUGCCACAUUAAGUUUUGGACCAGCAUUUCACUGGAUUGCCCUACAUGGUGGCAUUGGCAGUGAGCAUGUUAUGAAAUGGUUACCAAAACUUCUUGUUUUAUAUGCAACAUCUGGAUGUGCAUUUUUAUUCUAUAUUUCGAUGAUUCCAGAAAGGCUGAAACCGGGUAUCUUUGAUUUAGUGGGAUGUAGUCACCAGUGGUGGCAUAUACUGGUCCUUGCGGCAAUGUGGUAUUGGCAAAAUGAAACUCUUGAUUAUUUGGCAUCUCAUCGCUUACAAACAAAUCAUUGCUUAAUUUAUAAUCGAUUAUCAAAUAUUACUCUUGCAUAUCAACUUAUGCAUAACAUGAUCGAUUGA